AAUCAGCGCACGACUUGUCGGGGGGAGUGACGUGCCCGCUCUGCUCGGCUCUCGCCCCUGACUGACGAGAGCAGGAACACGCUACCGCGACUGGAAGAUGAGUGCGGAGCAGGAGGAGAAGUUGAGGCUGGUACGCUGCAGUAUCAGGAGCUUCCCCGACUUCCCCAAGCAGGGCAUCCUGUUUAAGGACAUCAUCCCCCUUUUGAAAGAUCCCAAAGCCUUUACUGCAGUUAUUGACCUGUUUGAAGAUCAUUUGAGAAAGAAGUUUCCCCAGACUGAAUUAAUUGUGGGUUUGGAUGCCCGUGGGUUUCUGUUUGGUCCUUCUCUGGCGCAAAGACUUGGAAUUGGCUUUGUACCAAUUAGAAAGAAAGGAAAGCUUCCUGGUAAAAUUAUUUCCAUAAGAUAUCGCCUUGAAUAUGGAGAGGAUGAAAUUGAAGUACAAGCUGAUAAUGUGCAACCACAACAGAACGUUGUCAUCCUUGAUGAUGUACUUGCGACUGGAGGUACACUGGCAGCUGCCUGCGAUCUGAUGAAGAAAUUGGGAGCUAAUAUUCUUGAGUGCUUAGUAGUAAUUGAAAUUAAGGAUCUGAAUGGUUUGGAGAAACUGAAUUGUGUGCCUCUCUAUUCACUAGUGCAAUUCUGAGUGUAAGAACUGCCUUGAAUUACCUUAUUAAAAACGUAAUUCAUUAAUUGA